AUGCUUUAUCAAAGCAGUCGCGAACUUUUCCUCUUCUCGUCGAAAAGCCCUUUUCCUAUGGGAACUGGAGGCCCACUUCGAGGUCUUGGCAACGGAGGUACCGAAUUGUUGGCAAAUUUGUGCCGAGCGGCCCGGGGAGGAGGGAGUAAAAGUAGCAAGUGUUUUUUGCCCGAUACACACUGUCCCCACUUGCAAGCUGGUCUCGCCACAAAUCCGGCCUCAACCGAGUGUCUGAGGUCAACAAAUCGAGUCCUCAUGUCGACUCGCCCGGCCAUCCCGUAA